AUGAAAGGAUUAAAUUUAGACGAAAAAUUUUGUGCAUUAAAAGAAUUCGCAAGUGAUGAUAUUGCUGAUGCAUUGAUGAAAUUAAAUGUUCCAUAUGGAGGAUUCUUGCCCGAUAUUGUAAUGUAUGGACCAGAAAGACAAGCAGGUAAUACUAAGCUUAUUGGUCCCGCAUAUACAAUUAAGACCGUACUUCGCACUGACACAACUUCACCAAGACCAAAGCAACACUUUGCUGAUGCAGCGCCACCAGGCAGUGUAGUAUUUGUUUCCGUGCCACCCAACACGGUGAAUGCAGCUUGGGGAGGAUUAAUGACUGCACGCGUCAAAGCCAAGGGAGCAAAUGGAAUCGUUGUUGAUGGUCGUAUCCGAGAUUUAGCCGAAAUUCGUGAAGAAGGCAUACCAGCAUUUGCUAAAGGAACGUCAAGUUUAUCAGCCAAGGAUUUUAUUCGUCCAACGGCAUUAAACCAUCCUGUAACCCUUAAUGGCAACUAUGAUCCACCUAUAGUUAUUAGACCUGGAGAUAUUAUAUUUGGAGAUUUAGACGGUGUCAUUUGUAUUCCUCGAAGACUAUUGGAUACGGUUAUUGAAAUGUGUAAAGUUAACAAGAAGAUUGAUGCGGGAUUGAAAGAGCAAGUAAAAAAAGGAAUUUCUUUGGUUGAAAUAUUUGCUAUGUAUAGAAUUAAGUGGGCAAAAGAUGAUGAUGAUCAUCCAGCUUCUUGGGGAAGUUAA